AUUGCGACAACCACGAAGACAACCUCUAUAAUAGUGCAUUGCCGCCGUCUAUACCCCUCAUAAUGUCUCGCUCAUCCACCUCCCAGCAGAGGAACUUGACCCUCACCGAGGAGCUCGAGAAGCUGGAGCAAACAAUAACACUAACCCUCCAAGAAAUCGACCACAAUUUCAGCCGCGCACACCGAAUUGUGACUACGAGUAUCCUCCCCAUCGUCGAGCAAUACGGCAAGCACUCCGAGGCUGUGUGGGACGGCUCAAAGUUCUGGAAACAGUUCUUCGAGGCCAGCGCCAAUGUCUCUCUGUCUGGUUACGAGGAAUUACAACAGGAAGAGGAAGAGGACACAGCUGUCUCGUAUUCACAUGGCAACAGCACCUACGGUGCCUCGCUCCAGGAAGACGAUUCCCUGCCCGUAGACACAACCCACCACGGCUACGGCCACGAUGACGAGUCCCUCCUCGACAACGGCGACAUCAGCGGCAGCACCCCCCGCGCCCCGCCAUCACGAACCGCUACCGGCGGAAAAUUCGCCGACUACGGCUCCCCAUACGAAGCGCUGAAACGGGAGAUGAAGGGAGGCAAAGCCAAAGAAGAAGAAUACGACGACGACACCCCCCUCCCCCCCACAACCCCCGGAACCGAACAACGCCUCCCCCGCAUGUCAAUGACCCCCCUCUCCUCCCCCUUCGAACCAACCUCCCACCUCGCCUCCACCAAACGCGCCCAAGACCCGCUCCUGCACCGUGUAAUGGACAAGAACUACCGCCUCCAAGCCACGCCCCACACGGCGCAGAAACAAGCCAAAGCUGCUGCAUCAAAACCCUCCUGGCGCGACCUCGCCUCCCCCUCCUCAUCCUCCCCCAUCCAGGCCCCGCAACUCCACCAUGAGAUCUUCAGCUCCCCCAUCCGCCAGCCUCAGAUCCGCCCUAACGCCGCGCCGCGCACGCCGGGUGUGAGCGUGCAGACUCCUGCGCGGGGGAAGAGUACGAGGGAUAUUGGGAUCACAGAUGAGAUUACGUGGGAUAGCGAUAGUGAGGAUGCGGAGGAUGUGUAUAAGACUCUGGGAAUGAGUCCGCCGAAGACGAUUCAGUUUGCGAUCCCGCCGAAUAGGGUGUUGCAGACGCCGGCGAGGGAGGCGAGUAAGCGGAUUGUGGAGGAUUUGCUGAUGACGGCUGGGGCGGGGGGGUAUGAUGAGGAGGAUAGUCCGAGUAUGAUCAAGCCGAGUCAUAAUUUGUUGGAUGAUAGCUUUUGAGGGGUUGAUGUUUGGUUUUGGGGGGGAACUGCGGGUCCGUUUCCAAUGAGCCUCUACGAUGUUCGGUUAUGCCCGUUGAGAUAAAAUUUGGCAGACAGCACGGCCAUAAUACGAACAGCCCUCGGGAAAAACUGCUAGUCAUUCCAGGUCACCAGUUGAGGCACGAAGCUGCCAAGAGUCCAAACUAGACACCACACAGCACCCACGAAGCUAUCUACGCACACUGAACCACCCCCGAUACCUGCCUACAGCAACACCAGCCGCUGCACCAAACACCCAGCAACCUUCCCAGGCGUGCUCCAAUACACUGAUCCACGAGCCACGCAAUAGAAAGCGAGCUCAUCUCCCGCCAACAGUCCCCAACCCCCUCUUCAUCCAGGAACCACAUAUACCCACCAGUCUCUUGCCUUGAAGCGCUUAGAUAGAUACGAAUACACCCAUUCCUGGAGGAUAUUCCAU